AUGAGGACCAUGAAGUUAUGGUCAACUGUGUUUGUCCUGCUUAUUCGACACCAGGCUUUACUCGUUCAAAGGUAAGAAACUAACUAACAACAACUAAUUCUGGAAAGUCUAUAUUUUUUGAUAACUCGGCAACAUGGGAAAGGACUAUAGGGCAAUGCUUUUAAUCAAAGUAAGUGUGCUUCAUUACUGUAAAUAAUAAGAGGCUAUGCGGUCACUUUGAAGACUCUAGCAUUUACACCUAAAAAGCUAACGAAGCGUUUUUGACACACCUCCUUUUUUCUGUCGUCUUCGUUAGAUGGAAUUUGUAAGAAGCCGGCAAUUAACACUCUAAAACCUUACCACUGUCUCCUCCACACCCCUGGGUUGUGUUGAAAUACAUAACCUGAGUAAAAUGUAUAAAGUAUUGGCUUCUGACGCCUAAUAUUGUCCAGGGGGAGGGCCGGAUGAAAUGAAUUGCAAUUUAACGACAGUGUCACAAACGUUUUAACCAAAGGAUGGUAGCCUGAUUUGACUUGAAUUUACUCAUAGUUCAAAUUUUAAUGUGAAUAAAGUUAAUUAAUUUCUUGCUUGCUUACCUGGCAUGUUUAAACGUUUCGUAUCAGUACUCUGUGUUUUUUCAUUUCUUAGCUACAAGGUUGUCUCUGUUACUCCUGUAGUGGAAGCUCACUUACAGAUCUUGAGUCAACUGGAAGAGCAGAACGAAAUCGAGGUACUGAACAGAUUUAUAAGUUGUUCAGCAUGUCUAAAUAUGAUAGAUUACACGAAACGGUAUUGACACUCACAGUGACGAUGACAAUAGCAAUUUGUCUCAAACUUAGUUUUGGACGACUGCGAUGAUCUUGACAACAAAUUACUUCGUUGAAGCGAUAUACUAAUUUAGCAGUUUGGUCUUAGCUUAGCUACUCAGGCUGGUCAACAUGACAUAACAGGAUUAAAAACAGCAACUGGCUGGAGACAAACACUUAACUUACACAAGCCUAGGCGAAAAUUUGAAUUUGGAACGACCACGAUAGUCCAACAAAAAAAACAAAAACAGCCGACAAUUUUUGAUUUCGCGACGCCACUACUAGUUUCCCCGCGAAAUGACGACUGAUCGGGGGAACGAGCGCAGAAAUUCUAUACUGAUAACAUGUUGCUUCCCAGAUCGGGAUAGCGCUUUUGAUCGGUUGAAGCAAGUUUCCCUCGCGGCACGUCCGAUCCGAGGCACCAAGAGCCAUUAUGGCUCUUGGAGGCACUAAUCAGAUCUAUCAAGGAUAGGGCAUCAUUAGGGAAUUUCUGCGCUCGUUCCUCAAACGUCAUUCCGUUAAGAAACCAGUGGUGGUGUCACGUAAUGUUGGCUAUUUUCUCAGGCUACGACCAAAAAGAGAAUCCAGCAAGCAGUAAGAGCGAAACUAAAACGAGAAACCCAUGCGCAAGGUUACGGUUCCGACGUGCUGACCCAGCCCUCGGUUACGCUGCCCCAAGGUGCUUUUGCCGUCUGAAAUGUAGCGUAUAUGACCUCCGCCUGUUGGACAUAUCACUGACCUAGGAUAAGUGAAACGACCUUUAUUGUAUAUUCUUUUUUUCAAUGUUGAAGGUGUGUUUCUUCUUAAACAGAUUGAUUUCUGGACGAGACCCAGUCAACUAAAUCAAACUGUUGACAUUGAAGUGUCUGAUGAAGACUUCGAGAAACUCUCGUUGGUUUUGAAAGAACAUGCAGGCAUGGAAUUCACAAUUCAAAUUGACAAUUUACAGCAGCUGAUCAAUGAACAAUUGGAACAAAAUGAAGCAAGUGCAAGAAAUGAUAACUGGCACGCCAGAUAUCACCCGCUUAAUGAGGUGGGGCUUAAGGAAGUUACUUUAGAAAUGUCCCCAUGUCACAAAUUAAGCCAGUCGAAACCGGAACAAUGUAGUAAUUAUUCAGGACCGUCAGUUUAUUGGUGGAUUUUCUUUUAGACCUUUUAACAACAGAACAGGUAAAAAACUCUUAUUAACCGGGAAAAAAGGGCAGGGUAUAAAUCAUGAUAGAUUUACCAGAAAUGACACGAGAAUGAGUGACUUUCCCCUAAAUCGUCUUCCGUUUAAGUACCUUACUGGUGCUUAAAUUAGCGAUUUUGGUGAGGCAGUAUCUUGCCAGGUUUUAUUUUCGCGAUCUCAACAGCCAAAUAUGAAAAAGGGCAUUAAAUUUCGCGAUUUCGCGUUCUCGACUUCACUUAAGUCUGAACUUAUUAAAAUUUCUAGAUAAACAGGAACAGCACUGGUGAAAUCUUCGCAAAUUAACGUUAUUUCACAACUAAAGAUACAAAAUAGAACGUAGCAGUAAAACCAGUGUCGGUGUCUUUGUUUUGAAUUUUCUACAAGGGUAUUGCGUGCUUACAUUUCGCGAGGAUUUAAAUUCGCGAGUCUUUAAUUCCGCGAAUUUUUUACAGUCGUGACAAAGCCGAAAUUAAGUACCAGUAAGGUGUAACAAGUUUGCCGUGCAUCACUCGCUAUUAGCUAUUAGUAAAAUCCAACUAGUGGUCUAUCAUCAAUGCUACGUUCUGAUUGGUUAAGCUACUACUCGGUUAUAUGUUAUAGCCCACAAGUAGCGAAAAGCGCCGGCUUUGAAAACCAAAACAAUGGCGCGGCUGAAUCGCGUUUUGCUAGCCAAAGUUGUUUUGUCUCCAUAUUUUUAACCAACUAGUUGAAUUUUACUAAAACAAUUAUUCCUCUCCCCGUCAUGGCUUCUGAGUCAGAGCCCAUUCGGGCUCGAGGAAUAAUAAUAUUGUUAAUUAUUGUUCCGCCUUUAGCUAGUAAGGAAGGUAAAGACCUGGAUAUUGCCGAUUAUGAAGAAUCCAUCGCGGUCAUUUUGUCUGUUUCUUUCUUGUUUCUUUUCUUUUAAUAUCAACAUCAGCAGUGAGCUGUUGCCCAUGAACAAAUGUCUUUAGUUUGAUAAAGAUUGAAAGAGAGCUACUUCGUCUUCAUAUACAAAUCCUCAUUUAUGAUAUUCCCAAAUGGAUGACUCACAUAUAGCUGAAAAAAGGAGCUACCAGCUGCUGUUUCGUCUGUUUUGUCGAUCCAAGGCAUAAGCUAGUUACUUAGUGAGUGACGUUAUUUUAUUACAGAUUACCGACAAACUGGAAGAAAUGAGAAGAUCAAGUGGAGGAUUGGCAGAAAUCUUUGAACUUGGAAAAAAAGGAAAAGGAAGAAAAAGAGUGAAAAGGGGAAAGGGAAAGAAGAAGACAUUGCCGGCUAUUAAGGUACCAACUAUUCACGUUCAAUGUGCUUUACUCCAAACCCCGCUUUUAAGUUCGACCAGGAGCACUUUCUUUGUGAAAUGAUUUUUGAUGAAAAUUUGGUUUAUUUUUACUGAUAUCUUUUUUUCUCCUUUAGAUCAGCAUCGAUGAUAACAAGCCAGUGUUUUUUAUUCAAUGUGGUAUUCAUGCCAGAGAGUGGAUCUCUCCAGCAACCUGCAUGUAUAUCAUUGACCAGGUAAGAACACAUACAGAAACCACCACCACCACCACCAUCACCACCACCAUUAUCAUCAUCACUAUGAAAACGUUACAGUCAAGAAGACUUUAGCAGGGACUGAUCAGUUACGAUAUUUCGACUGGCCAAUACCAGUCUUCAUCAGGUUUAUUGAGAUAUCACGAAUUUAAUAUGAAGUAAAAUAAUGACCGUAAUUAAACAUCAUCAUCAUCAUCAUCAUCAUCAUCAUCAUCAUCAUCAUCAGCAGCAGCAGCAGCAGCAGCAUCAUUGUCAUUUUCUUGUUCAUUACGUGGGAAAACCUUGAGUUGUAACGAUUCUUUUCAAAAUUGAAAUAUUCAGUAAUCUAUCCUCUUUCGCUUUGUAGACGACAACGCAUAUUACUGCUUUUCAGAUUAGUUUUACUACUGUCUUGUGUUUCAAUUUCUUCGAUACGCAGAUGAUCCAGAAGAGCUCUUCCGAUGCAUCAGUGAUGUUGAACAAGAUGAGCUUCGUUAUAUUGCCUGUUUUUAAUCCGGACGGAUACGAAUACACUUGGACGGUCAGGAUGAUAUCUAUCAUUAUUUAUUUAUUACAAUCAUUAUUUUCUUCAUCCUUAUUUUGUAACUUCGAAGCUCAUCUAAAUGUAAUCACGGAGAAAGGCAUACGUGGUCACCUUCUCAUCCUCGAUGGUAGAACUUGUGGUCAGAUUAAAUGAGUUGGAUUGACUUAUUUCUUGUUAAAUAUCUAUCCUGCUUACUCUAUCUAUACGGUAACUCACGAACUUCAUAGCAUAUUAACUGAGUAGCAAAGUAUUGACUACCCUGCUCAUCGACUCUCUGUCCGGCUGACCAAUAGUCAAAUUGACUUAAUGUUUAAAAGAAUGAAAGUGUUUUAAAAGUAAAUCAGUUGCUUCUGAAUGACUGAAUAGUUACCGACCCGUUAUGAUUGGAUGACUGAUUGCGUGUAAGUGAAUGGCUAGUUUAUAAAUGGUACAAACUCCUGCUGAGGUCCAGGAUAUAUUACGUAUAGAGACAUUGUUAUAGGUUCUCCGUUAAUCUGCGCUAUAAUCAGUUUCCCACAGCAAAUCCGCUUCUUAGUACUGUUUUUAUCUUUCAUGGAACAGAGCGGCGGACGAAUGUGGAGGAAGAAUCGCAGGAAGAACAAGAAAAGUAGCCGUUGUGUUGGCGUCGAUCUAAACCGAAAUUGGAGCUAUGAAUGGGGAGGUUAUAUGGUUCUUUUUUACAUAGAAUUUUGCUAGAAAUAAAUAGUUUAAAAAUAUGUAAUUGUUAUAUUUCCACAUAAAUCUGGAGAUGUGGACCUCACAAGGAAAAGGACAGAUCUCCUGUCUUAAUAAGAAUCUAUAUUGAUAUUGACUGCAUUCUUGAACAAGCUUCAUAAUUAGGAUUCGACUUACUUAAGGGUAAAAGCUCGACAUGUAAGCUUUUCAAUCUUAACCUCUGGAAAUAUCAUUAUUGAUGUCAAUUCAGUUUGUUUUUAUCAUAAGGUGAAGGAGCUAGCCCAAAUAAAUGUGAUGAAACGUACAGGGGCAAAAAAGCAUUCUCUGAAAAAGAAACAAUGAGUGUCAGUAAAUAUCUCGAAGGACUAAACAAGCAAGGAAGGCUGAAGGGUUUUAUUGACUUCCAUGCGUUCAGUCAAAUGUGGUUUAUUCCCUGGGGAUACACUGCUACAAAGACUAACGAUCACAAAGAACAGGUCAGUGAGCAUUGUCAAUAGAGUGAACUCAGUGCAGGGCACUUUUUAAGGUGGCUGAACAGAGUUUUGAAGGCAGUCAGCGGUAACUCGCGUGACGGCGCGUGUUUUAAAUUAGAUAAACAAGCAUGGCGGCGAAAAAGCAAUGGUACACAGAAGACGAUAUUGCAAAAUCUACUUAUUAAAAUUUUGUGAUAUUUGGCAGAAUUUUUACUUUUAUCGUAUUUUAAAUAAUGAGAACUUUAAAAUGGAAGUUGAACAGAUGAAUUUUGUGACACAUUUAAUAAUUACCAUAAAAUUAUAUUAUUGAUUAUCUAAAAACCCGUCUGUUAAAAUUUGGUCAAAUAAGUUUCAAAUGGUAAUGAUUAAUUAUAGUAAGCUGUGUGCAAGUUUAUAGGAAAAUCUAAUGAGCAAAUUUUAUGUAAACUGAGCAAAAGCGAAAUGUAACGGUUAGAUUCAAUUGUUCAUGUUGCCAUGGAAACUACGAAAACGUCAAAUUUUACCUGUCAUUCAAAAUCUUUCAUCAGUAUAUUUUUCACUUGCCAAGUUUCAGCUUGUGAGCUGCAGCCUUUCCCUUGCCAUGAUUUGGCGAAUGACAUAUACUCACAAACUGCCAAAACUGUGCUCAGCCACCUUAACUGUAUCCACUUAGGAAACUGAAACUACAAUCAUCCCCAAAACCUUUGGGACACCUGCACUCACUAGUAUCCUUGUCCUUUGUUGCAGAGCGCUCAGUUUCAUGUUCGUUCAGAUAUAGUUCUGUUUUUGCUUUUUGGGGGCUUCUUUUUCGAAGGGGAGGGUCAAGACGUAGUUUAGCUGUUGUGGGGGGAGAGGGAAUAGCCUAGUGAGCUAAUAAACUCGAACUAUGUGUUACUGAGGAAUGUUUAGUUAAGGUAAAAAAACACUGCAAAAACCGUGUACGAACAAUCUUGCUCAACGUCGGAUCCAAAAAGAUCGUGAUCAGUCAAAAUAGAUAAAAUUGAAAACGUUACAGACAAGAAGACUUUUGCAGGGUCAAAAAACGUAAAAUAGAGUUAACUCUAUUUCACGUUGUUUGAUCAGUCCCUGCAAAAGUCUUCUUGACUGUAACGUUUUCAAUUACUGAGGAACUUUAGUCAUUCUGAUGUCAACGAAGAUAUGAAAACUUCAGUAACCGUUUUCUUUGUUUUGCUUUUUUGCUACCUAUUUAGGAGAACAAACGGUGCUGACGCUUGCUGACGCACAGAACAAUCAUGCGCAUGCGCACAACUAUAGCUCUCGGCACGGCAGUCAAGGCGCAGCAGGGAAGUUAGUCCCUCUACAGAAUCGAUAUUUCAGGGUUAAUAACUUAAGUGGGGAGUUUGCUCUGCUUUUAUUUUCUAUAAAAUAAUCUUGAGUAGUAUAUGGAAGUAGUACAAUAUUUUAGAAUUACCUAUUAAACUGUAAAUAAAUCUUCAGUUUUAAAUCUUUACUUUUACUGAUCAUUUACUAAGGCUUAGUGACCAAGCAACUAGUUGACUGAAAUGUUUUUAAUUAAUUUUCUUUUGUCUCCAGAUGAGGGUUGCUAAGAUAGCCGUCGAAGCAAUCAAAAGAAAGCAUGGAAAAAGCUAUAAAUACGGAUCUUCUGCAGUUUUACUUUGUAAGUACUUGUUUAUUAUAUUAAGACCAUUGUGCCUCCAAUUUGUAAGCAACAAUUCUCAUGCUCGUUUUUAUGUGAUCAUCACUUUCCGUUUGAUUAGAUAUUUAAACUAUUAAUGAUAGGUCAUGAUAGAGAGUAGAUUCCUUUAGCAAACUUUUCCAUUUGUCUAACUUACUGAUACGAUUCUAGGAAUGUUAGGAAAAUUCCUUUCGCCUGGAUAGGUUUCUUUCUUGUAGAGAACCGACCACCACCAACAUCAUCGUCAUCAUCAUCUUAAUUAUCAGGUCGAAAAGGGGAAAUACUGUAUCUCCAAACGAAAAGGAAGACAAAUGAGAUAUAUCAGUAAUAAUGGCAGGAAUGUUUUGGCUCAAGUUGUCAGCAAAACUGGUUUACAUGUUUUUCUUUUGGGCGCAUGAUGUCUCUGGCUCGAUUGAUUGAAUUGCUAAUUAAGCGAUCAGUUGUAGAGAAAAAAGUCGAAAAAUGUCUGCAAUACUGACUUCACUUGGGUUGGACGUUUUCGUUUUAGAUUUAUAAUAGAAUAUUGUCUAAGCUAAUGCAGUGUUUACUCUUACGAAGAUGCCUGAUACAUAUUAACUAUAAACAUAUCCCUGGUUACACUAUGCAAGCCAUUACGUCCUUUUUUCUUUAAAAACAGACAAGGCAGCCGGCGGCUCAGAAGACUGGACUUACGGUUCACUGGGAGUCAAGUACUCAUUUACAGUUGAACUGCCCCCUAGAGGUGCAAACCCAGGCUUCAUUCUUCCUCCAAGUCAAAUCAUCACGACAGGAGAAGAGAUAUUUGAGGGCUUGAAAGCCUUAGUUACAGCAAUGGAAAUAUAA